AUGUCCAGCCGCCUUGCGUCCUUUCGAGGUCCAUCGACACCGACGUCCUCGCCAGCCCAACAACAUAGAUCAUCCCCAGCUCCACCAGCUUCGCCAUCUCGACAGACAGAAUCUACUUUCCAUCGCAAAGUCAGAGCUCUCCUCCAAGAACUUCGAGGAAUAUCAGAGACAUGGGACGACCUAGUACUAUUCGACGGACUCAAGCAUGCUAAGACGCUGGUCGAUACUCGCACAGAUCUAGACAAUACUCUCGCGUCUCUACCAAACCGGCUUCCUCGAACCUAUCUCGUUGGCCCAAAGUUGGCCGUGAUGGACAAAUGCAUCGCGUCUCUCGAUAGUGUUAUCCAAAAGCUUGAAAAACUGUUUAAACGGAUGAAUACCGUGAUUGACAACUUGGAGGCUGUCGUGGUGGAGGCUCAUAAAGUCAAGGGCUACCAGUGGGUGCGCGACGAGCCUCUCUGGGUCAGCUGGUCCCUCGAAAAAUUCGCUACCUCAAUACCUGAGAUCCUUACCCCAUACCACCGGUCGCUGUACCAGCACAAGCAAUUCGUCGCUAAACUUCGAAGUCAUUCCCUACCGUUCGACGAGUCCAAAACCAUCGUAGAACAAUGGGCUGAACAACCUUAUCUGAUAGAGGACAGCUGGGAAGCCAAAUGGGAGGAAUUAUGCAGUGUUGAGAUCGACCGCUGGAAUAGAUCAUGA